AUGUUUUAUUGGGUCUAUUUAUUAUUUCUUUUUUUAUCAUCACCAUCUACUAAAACUUUAAAAUAUGACUUCCAAAAUCAAUCAUUUCGAGCACCUAUUGUUACUUUAACACAUGGAGAUCCACUACGUGAUGGAAAUAUUCAUGCUGUUAUAUUAGUAUUAGCAUCAGAUACAAAAUGUUCACAAAAAAUACAAUUUGCUUAUGCACAUAAUAUACAUAUAUAUGGAAAACGAAAUAAAAAUUUUGAUCUACAACAUAAUUAG